AUGAAGCAGCUGGUCCUUAUAAUGUUUUACAUUUGGCUGGUCACUGGAUUGCAAAGAGUUCCCCUGAAAAAACACAAAUCUUUGCGGAAAGUUUUGAGGGAACGUGGGCAACUGUCUCAAUUUUGGAAAAGUCACAAGGUCGAUAAUAUCCAAUAUACCCAGGAAUGCUCAGCUUUCCUGGAAGCUAAUGAACCACUCCUCAACUAUUUUGAUGUGGAAUAUUUUGGAGAGAUCUCUAUUGGGACGCCUCCUCAGAAUUUCACAGUACUCUUUGACACUGGUUCCUCCAACCUAUGGAUACCAUCUGUUUACUGUGCCAGCAAAGCAUGUGCUGAACAUUCCAGAUUUCACCCCACAGAAUCCAGCACCUACACUGAAGUUGGAACAGCUUUUUCCAUUCAUUAUGGCACUGGCAGCUUGACAGGAAUAAUUGGAAUGGAUCAAGUGACUGUUGAGGGAAUCACUGUAACCAAUCAACAGUUUGCUGAGAGUGUGUCUGAGCCUGGAAACACCUUUCUGGAUGCAGAAUUUGAUGGGAUCCUUGGUUUGGCCUACCCAUCUCUGGCAGUGGAUGGAAUCUCCCCAGUCUUUGAUAAUAUGAUGGCCCAAAACCUGGUGGAAUUGCCAUUAUUCUCUGUUUAUUUAAGCAGGAACCCGGACUCUUCUGUAGGAGGGGAAUUGAUUUUUGGUGGCUAUGAUCCUUCCCUUUUCUCUGGAAACCUCAACUGGAUCCCAGUCACUAAGAAAGGAUACUGGCAGAUCCUGUUGGAUAAUAUCCAGGUGGGAGGGACAAUUGCAUUUUGUGCAGAAGGCUGCCAAGCUAUAGUGGACACAGGGACAUCUCUUAUCACAGGCCCUUCUGAGGCCAUAAAGCAAAUGCAAAAUUUAAUUGGUGCACAACCUGUGGAUGGAGAGUAUGCUGUGGAAUGCAACAACCUCAAUGUGAUGCCUAGUGUUACUUUCACACUCAAUGGGAUCCCUUACUCUCUCACCCCAGAUGCCUAUACCAUCAUGGAAAAUAGCGAUGGGAUGCAGCAGUGCACCAGCGGUUUCCAGGGCCUAGACAUGCAAACUUCAGAAGGGCCGCUUUGGAUUCUGGGGGAUGUUUUUAUUGGCCAGUAUUACUCUGUCUUUGAUCGUGGGAAUGACAGAGUGGGGUUGGCACCAGUUGUUUCUCCAAUAGCUGGAUAA